AAUCGUUUUCUUUUCGUAUUCAUUCGACUUCCGUGGUCUCUCUUAACCAAAAAGGCACUCUUAUCAGUUGUCAGUAAGUAUAGCUCAACCUUGACCUCCAGAUUAUCCAAUGGCGGCUCCUUUCUCAACCCUGUCAAAUGUGGGCAUGCUUUCAGUUCCAAAAAGCAUGUCCAAUAAUCAAACGCUUAGCCCAACAUGUAAUGCAGUGAAGCUUCCUGGAAAAGUCUCAGUUUCAUUGUCUUCCAGCUUCUUCUCUGGGUCCUUGCGCCAUCUCCCUCUUACUUCAUCCCCGAUGAAAUGGAAUUCCCGUAUUCUCCGCCGUGUCCGGGCUGAGGUAGCAACUUUACAAUCAAAAGUAACUCACAAAGUGUAUUUCGAUAUAAGCAUUGGGAAUCCAGUGGGUAAGCUUGCUGGAAGAAUUGUGAUUGGAUUGUACGGUGAUGACGUGCCCCAGACAGCCGAGAAUUUCCGUGCUCUAUGCACAGGCGAGAAAGGCUUCGGGUAUAAAGGUUCCAUGUUCCAUCGUGUCAUUAAAGAUUUCAUGAUUCAAGGAGGGGACUUUGAUAAAGGAAAUGGAACUGGAGGCAAAAGUAUAUAUGGUCGUACCUUCAAAGAUGAAAACUUCAAGUUAUCCCAUACUGGACCAGGAGUUGUUAGUAUGGCAAAUGCAGGCCCCAACACCAAUGGCAGUCAAUUUUUCAUUUGCACUGUCAAGACACCAUGGCUGGAUCAAAGGCAUGUUGUAUUCGGGCAGGUUUUGGAAGGCAUGGAUAUAGUUAAGCUUAUUGAAUCGCAAGAGACUGACAGAGGAGACCGUCCUCGAAAGAAGGUGGUUGUUAGUGAUUGUGGUGAGCUUCCAGUUUCCAAUGCCUGAUUCUAGCUGUUCAUCUUCAACUUUUCCUGAAACUUCAAGCCAGUUUACCCAAUUUAAAAGGCUCUAGCUUAAAUGAAUUUUGAUUUUCUAGAGAAGGGCUUUUGUAAUCACAUGCACGAAUAGAAGGAACCAAGACUUGCUUUUAGAUUGGUUGGAAAAUAAUCUAGUAAAAGAUAUUGAAA